AGUUGAACUGCCUGAAAAUCCCACCGAUCCUCCUCUCCGUCUGCUGUCCUCUUCCGAUUCCUAGGGGCGAGUGUCAAAAAGUCCUAACCCAUACCUCAACACCUCCAACGACAAAAACUCCCAGAUAAAUCGUUAAAAACUGGCUAAAUCAUCGGUGAAUCGUUCCACACUUGGUAGGAUUAAAAGAAUCAGAUGAAAAUGAGUGAAUUAGUCUGGGGAAUUAAGAAUGGCGACCUUGAUCAGGUUCGAGACAUUGUUGAGAACAAGAAUAUCGACGUGAAUCAGAUGAUUGAUGGCAGGACACCACUGCAUUACGCAGCUGAUUAUGGCCAGAAUGAUGUCGUGAGGUAUCUAUUGGACAAAGGUGCCAAUGCUAAUGCAACUGACAAACAUGGAAUUACAACUCUUCUAGCAGCAAUAUGGGAGGGUCACACCAAUUGCGUAAAACUGCUACUGGAAAAAGGAGCCAAUCCCGAUGGACUCACACCGGAUGGUGUCAGCUAUCUCGAAGCUGCUGAGAAGGACGAGAUCAAAAGUCUCCUGCGUGCAAACGGUGUGCACUAGCGUAAAACCAAAGUAACGUGAGAACGAAAAUGAAUGAAUGACGAAGGGGAAUGAUAAAAUAUUAUUAUUUUGUUACUUUGAUAUGUUAAUGUUCUUCGUAGGCUAAUCACAGCUUCAUUGUGAGUUUUUAAUGACUGAUGGGGAUCAUGGGGGUUGUCACAGGACCCUAACUACAUCAACUUUUACUCCAACAAAUCAGUUCAGUUGUAAAAUACUACAACAAGGUGAAUUUUCAUGAAAAUCUUCGAGUCUAGGGAAGAUAUUUUGAAAGUUGAAGAGAAGAAAUCAAAUUCAUUGUUAAAUUUUUUAAUGCUUAAGCAUGUUUUAAUAUUCUUUUUUCAAUUUAUCCAUUGAGCCGUGAGUGUGAGACCCUUAUUGCCCCAUCCCCAAGACUAUGACUUCGGCACGAGUGUUAGAAUAUUGAAAACAUUAAAAUAGUUCUUGAGUAGGAGUGUAUGAUAAAAUAUCUGUGAACGAAGGGAAAUUUUCGGGAAAAAUUCUAGCAUUAAGACGAAAAACUCAGAAUGUUUUUGAAAAUUUCUCGAAAUUUCGGGAAAAUAUUGACGGAAGCUCCGGAAAAAUUCACACUCAAUCCAAAAUUUCCAGUACCAGAACUAGAAUUUUUCUUAGAAAUUUCUCUCCUGGGGAAAAGCCCUAAUCGACUAGAAUUUUUUCCUCUACGUUUUGUCCUCAUUGUAUACGAAUAUUGUAUGAUGAUUAUUUAUGUGACCCGCCCUGUGCCGAGUUGAUGAGUGUAAAUGCUCCGCAUUUUGAAUGAGUUUUAAUUUUUUCAUUCCAGGAAUUAAAAAAAAAAUAAAAUAAGA